AUGGACCCAAGAAGAGGUCCGACGGAUGACUCGAAAGACGCUCCGCCGACAAAGCGGAUCCGCCUGGCGCGCGACCGACCUUCUCGCGACACUCCUGCCCCUCGCACCAGCCCGCAAUACAUCCUCAACGAUGCCGACGCCGGCGACGACGCCGACGAAGAUCGAGAUUCGGGCGACUCGUCGUCGGACCAGGACGACGAGGUCGACCAUGGUCCAGACGAGGCAGCAACGGACAAGCGCCACGUCGGAGCCAAGGCCGACGAUUGGCCGUUUGCGGUGUGGUGCGCCGAGCGCGGGAUCUGGAUGGACCCCAAGCUCACGAUUAACAGAAGAAAGCUGAGGACUAUCGACCACGCCUACGUAGCGGCCAAGGAUCCCUACUGCACCACCAAGCACACUUCCAAACGCAAACCGGCGGUCAUUCCGCAAAGCCAACGAGUCGUCAAGGUGCCCAAGAGGGCCAUCCUCUCGACCCGCACGAGCGCGCUAGCGCGUCACCUGGCCAAACAGCUGGCCAAGCACCCUACCAUCCGGUCCUUUGAGCCAUCGCAGAGGUCCAGCCUCGACCUCGCCCUCUGCCUCUUUUACGAGCUGCUGCUGGGAGAGGAUUCCGACUUCAAGCCCUAUGUCGACACGCUGGUCGGUCAAGCGCCGCAUCUGCCCAUGUUCCGUCGCAGUGACCCCCUCAGGACGCCAUGGAAGUGGAUCCGCGGGACCGAGGCGCAUCGCAUCGAGCGCAGAGCCAGGAUAGCAUCCCGGCGCAGCUGGAAGGAAAAGCACGGCUACAGCGAGACCUAUGGCCUGAGCAGCGAGACGGUACUGGAGUACCUGUACGAAGUCGCCGUCCCCGUGCUGUCCAGCGCGCCCGGCAUCGCCUUUGACCCGGACGACUUCGCGCGGAUGCUCGACGCCAUCAGCGAGUUCCAGUGGGCCGUGUCGAUGGUGCGGUCGCGCAGCUUCAUCGUCGAUCUGUACCACGGACCGGCGCUGGUGCCCGUGUGCGACGCGUUUGAUCACAGCGACAAGCCCACCGUCGAGUUCGAGAGCAUCGUCGACGUCUGCGUGCGCUGCGGCUCCGCUGCCGACACGCUCCACCCGCACAUCGGCCCAGCGCGGGCGCCACGCAGGGCUGAGCCUGACAAUAUCCAUGAUUCGGAUGUGGCGGACGACGGCGACGAAGACGACGACGACGACGACGAAGACGACACUGUGGACAUGUGGGCGAUCGAUGACCUUGGCUGCGGAGACGAGGUGUUCAACAACUACGGACCGCUCUCGAACGCCGAGCUGCUGACCCAGUACGGCUUUGCCCUGCCCGGCCAGACGCACGUCGAGCGCUUCACAUGGGACAUCCGCUUUGCCAAGGAGCGGCGCGAGGUGGGCGACGCGCUCGGGAUCCGAGACUGGGACGAGGUGUUUGAACGCUGCAUCGCUCUGCCUCGACCUCGAUCCAUCAGCAACGACGAGAACGAUGCCGAUGCCGGCGACGACGAUCGAGCCAUGGGCGCCAUGAGCGAAGCGUCGAAGCGCGUGGCGUCGCUGCGCAACCUCGACUUCCACAACGCCCGAUUCGAGCGGCAGCUCGACGAGACCGACAUGGAGCGGCUGGACAAGUCGUACGCCUUUUUCCGGCCGCUGGCGGCCAACAUGGUGCCGGACGUGCUGCGCGGCGAAGAGGCCAAGGCGGCACGGCAGGCGAGGCCGAGCGAGGUGGACAAGCUGAGGCGGCAGGACGACGUGCAGCCCCUCUUCCUCCACGCCUUCGCGGGCGUCAGCCGCGUCCUGUGGCGGCUUGCGCUCCUCGUCCAGAUCCCGCGCGGCACCGCGCCCACAGCGGUCGCGAAGAGCAUGAUCGAGUGCGAGGACGUCUUUGGCGCAAUCUACUUUCGAACGGGCCAGUUUCCUCGGCCGCCCGCGUCGGUCCCGUCUUCGCAGGUGCCGAGAUUGGAUGAGGACGAGCCACGAGCUGCGGCGGCGACGAUGGGCAGCAACGUCAGCGCAACGGCCACCGCCACGGCGACGGAUAUCGGCCGCGCGAGGGAGAUGGUCAUCACCGCCCUCGGAUCCCUGCAGCGCCUCUUGGAGCAGCGACUGGCCAAGCUCUACUACCACCACCACCAACCCGCCGGCGAAGACCUGCUCAAGACGCGGGCCGAACGCCAUGCGACGGUGCGGCAGAUCCUCAACCACGCCGCGUGGGAGACCAAGAGGGUCCGGACCGAGAUGGAGUGGGUCCGGGAUCUGCGCCGACUCUGCAUCGACCCUUCCCUGUCCCCCGAAUCGGCACGAUUGAACCCAGACCACUGA